AAUUAUUUCUAAUUGAUUUAUCUUGUAAAACAGAAACCCAAUAAUGAAAUUCUUCUGUGCCAUUGUUCUGUUGUUGACGGCCAUUGUGUUUGCCGCUGCUGGCGAUUUAGAAGAUGAACUCAACUGGCAAUCCUACAAGGCGAAGUUCCAGAAGAAGCACCAUUCAAAGGACGAAGCUCGCAGAAAGGCGAAUUUCAUUAAAAGGCAACGACAAAUUGAGAAACACAACAAGGAAAAUAAGGAAUGGGAAAUGGGAAACAACCAGUUCUCCGACAUGACUGAUGAAGAGAGACGAGCGAUAUUAGGAGCCAAACCUGAUAUUCGCAAGGAAAGAUCUUUCAAUCCUGGUUACCCUAUUGAGGAUCGUGCUCUUCCAAUUUCCAUCGAUUAUAGAAGUGACAAGUGUAUGCAACCCGUAAAAGAUCAAGCUAGCUGUGGAAGUUGCUGGUCGUUCGCAACCGUCGUUCCUCUUGAGUUCAACACCUGCAAGAAAACUGGAACUCCCGUUGCACUCAGCGAACAAAUGUUGGUUGAUUGCGAUCCCUACAACCAUGGUUGCAACGGCGGAGAUUACACCCAGGCUUGGCAAUUUAUCAAGGAGAAGGGAGGAAUCAUGAUAAAUUCGUCAUAUCCUUACGUUUCCGGGGCCACUCAAACCAAAGGUACUUGCAAGUUCAGUUCUUCUUCAAUUGCCGCCCGUGUUUCGUCGUACGGCUGGACAAUGCCAUACCCCAACGCCACUGUGUCCAUGCAGUAUUUGCAAUCUAAUGGACCCCUGCCCAGUGCCAUGAGGGUCCUUGAUUCUCUUUACCAAUACAAGACUGGAGUUUACAGCGAUUCCGCUUGCAUUCUCACCGACGAAAAUCUGGUGGAUCACGCUGUCGUUAUCGUCGGCUACGGAACUACUACCACCACCCCUGCCAUUCCUUACUGGAUUGUCCGUAAUUCUUGGGGUACUACCUGGGGAAAUCAAGGUUACAUGGCUAUCAAACGUGGAGUCAAUAUGUGCAACAUUGAGUCAUGGACUGCUUACGUCGAUGUACUUUAAGACAAAUGCAAUCCCUUGAUUUCAUACAGUUGGUAAACUGAAGAAUCUGGUAAAACGAAAAUCUUUUUGCUAUAGUUUGAUAGAUUAACGAAGAUUUUAAAAUAUAUAUCUACACAAUACACUUUGGCAUGGUUAACGGUUAA